GAACCAUUCCCGAGAAAUGUACUCAAUGUUUUUUUCCCAGGUUGCACGUACACUCUAUCCUUACUUACCACAGAAUGAUGAUGAAUUGAAACUGAAUUUCAGUGAUUACAUCUUCCUGGACCCCACAAACCAGCAGGACGUGAGUGAAGGCUGGGUCCGUGGAACUUCGCAUCAGACGGGACGGACUGGCCUUCUGCCUGAGAACUACACAGAGCGAGGGUAUGAAUCAGACACCUGGGUCAGGCACAGGACAUAUGCUUUUUGUCAGACGCUUGUGAGAGCAUCCACAAAUAUUUCUGAGCAUAACACUUCCUCUCCACAAAAUGGAACGAUUCCAUCCUCAGAGCCACGAGCAACAAACAGUAUUCAUAAACUUCUCAAGUCACAGUUGAUUGAAGCAGCUACCUUGAGGAGGUGUGUUCUGACGAUGCGACACGCUGAGAGAGUUGACCUGGUGUUUGGCAAGUCUUGGUUGACACAGUGCAUUACCACUGAAGGGAGAUAUAUCAGACCAGAUUUAAACUUCCCUCACAGUAUCCCCCAACGAGCUGGAGGUACCAAGGAUUAUGAACAUGAUGCUCCCUUGUCAUCCUGUGGAAUAUUCCAGUCUCAGUUAAUGGGUGAAGCAGUACAAGAACAAGAACUGAUGAUCCAAUGUGUCUACUCAUCUCCUGCUCUGCGAUGUAUCCAGACAGCUCACUACGUCCUUGAAGCUCUUCACCUUGACCCUGAAGUGAGUAUCCGAGUGGAACCAGGCCUGUUUGAAUGGACCAAAUGGGAAGGUGAACGGACAAUCCCAAACUUCAUGUCUGUGACUGAACUCAAAGCAGCAGGUUACACUGUGGAUGGCAAUUACAGUGUCCAUAUUCCUGUCUGCAAUCUGGUUCCAUCAGAAACAUAUGAAGACUACUUUGAUCGAUGUUCUUCGGUAAUGAAAGCAAUUAUAGGCAACAGGGAUGAAGGAAAUAUUCUGCUGGUGGCUCAUGCUUCAACCCUGGAUUGCUGCACCCGCCCUUUGCUGGGGCUACCUCCAAAGGACUCCAAGGAAUUUGUCCAAAUGGUUCGAAAGAUUCCUGCUCUUGGAUUAUGCUGCUGUGAAGAAGUCAAAGAAACAAAGAAAUGGCAAAUGAUUGAACCCCCCAUCAGGACACUGACUCAUGGACCCAACGCAGCUUUUAAUUGGAAAGAUACCAUCUUACAAGUUUAAGGACAUUACACUGAAUACAUAAUUUCUCAUCAUUGAAUGAUGAUCUUCACAUGUAACUGGCAAAUGGUUUGAUAACUGAAGUCUAGUUUAGUUAUAACUCUUAGUGAAUAUGAAAAAUAGGAGCAGGAAUAGAUUAUUCAGUGUGUUGUACCUGCUCCUCCAAGCACUCUGAUCACUUAAUUCUACCUAGACUCGAUUCUCAAGUCCAAUCAGUCUUCCAUUCAUUCAAUAUCUGAGUAUCUAUAAUGCUCUGAGGUAGAGAAUUCCAAAGACUCCCAACAUCAUAAGUGAAAAAAUUAUUUCUGAUUUCAAUUUUAAAUGAUUCUUAUCCUGAGAUUGUUCUUUAAAUUUGAGGUUUUGCAAUGGGAAGAAAGAACCUCUGAUCAUCUAGUCCUUCCAGGCUCCUUAGAACUUAAAGAUCAUCUCGUAUUCUCCAUAACUCAAGGAAGGAGAGGCCUCUUUUACUAAUUUCUCAUCAUAGGACAACACCCUCUUCCCAAGAAUUAACAUUUACGUGAAUAUUUACCUCAUUAGCUAAGGUGGAAUCCCACAGAAUUGAGGGCAAAUUACUGACAUGGAUAGGAAAUUGGUUGAGUGGCAGGAAACAAAGUUGGUAUAAUGGAUAAGUACUCAAAUUGGCAGGACAUGAUUUGUGGCAUACUGCAAGGAUCUGUGUUGGGGCCUCAAUUAUUCACAUCAUUCAUUAACAAUUUGGAUAAGGGCAUGAAAAGUUAAAUAUCCAAAUUUGCUGGCGAUACAAAAUUGGGCAUCAAUGUUGACAAUAACAUAAAAUUACAACAGGAUACUGAUAGAGUAGGUGAAUGGGCAAAGCUGCAACAAAUGGAUUUUAAUAUAAGCAAGUGUGAGGAUAACCAUCUCAUACCCAAAAAAUGGUGUGGAAUUGUCCAACGAGAUUUAGGUGUUGAGGAGCUUAGCUGAUUAAUAUGCUAUGAACAGACACAGAAAAUAGUGAAGAUUUCUAGUGGAAUGCUGGCCUUUAUACUUUAAGGGCUGGAGUUUAAAGAUGCUAACAUUAUUCUGAAGUUAUACAAAACCCUAGCUAGACCUCACAUAAAGUACUGAGAUCAGAUAUGGGCACAACACCUUAGGAAGGAUGUUUUGGUCCUGGAAGAAGUUCUGUGCAGGUUUUCUAGGGAUUAUACCUAUAAGGACAUAUCACACAAAUUAGAUUUAGAAUUGAGAAGGUUAUGAGGUGAUCAAAUCAGGGUCUUAAGGAUCUUAACACGGAAGGACCAGGCAGAUAAAGAUAAACUAUUUCCUGGUUGAAAAUUCUCAAACCAGAUGGAAAGUCUAAGAAUAAGGACCAGGCCACUGAGGAGUGAUGUUAGGAACCAUUUCUACACACGAAGAAAUAGUGGAAGUUUGGAACUCUUUUCCUCAAAUGGUGGUCAAUGUUAAUUAAAUUUAAGUCGAAGAUACACAUUUUUUAUUAGCAAGGCUAUCAAGGGAUAUUGGUCCAAGGCAAGCAUAUGGAAUUAGUCCGCAGAUUACUCAUGAUCAUAUUGAAUGGUGGAGCAGGUUUGAGGGACUGAAUUGCCUACUCCUGUUCCUCUGUUUCCAUGCAAGUACAUGUAUAUCCAUCCUUAGGUAAGGAGGCUAUAACUGCACAUUAUUGCCCAGGUGUGGUCUCAACAAAGCCAUGAAAAAUUCUAGUUUUUUUUUGUAGUCCAAACCUUGCAAUAAUGGUCAAAUUAUAAUUUUCCUUCCUGAUUACUUGAUGUAGCAGCAUGCUAAUUAUACAUUGCUUAAAUGAUACUUAUCUAAGUCUCUCUCAACAUCAACAUUUACAAGUUUCUCACUAUUUAAACACUAGCCAAGAUCCACAAGCCUGACCCAUUGUCUCAGCAUGCUCCUGCCCCACCAAACUCAUCUCCACCUACCUCAAUACU